GACGUCACUAACAGUCGCCACAUCUUUGUCAGUGAACAAAAUGGCAACUUACUGUCUCACCGUCGCGCGGCUUCAGCUCGCUCUUGGCCAUGGCGCACGGCGUCUGCACGUUGCGGCCGCCUACAGAGCCAAGGCGCAAGUGUCCAUGAGCCGAUUCGAGCCCACCUCCUUCGUCAGCUACGAGAAGCUCCAGUCCAAUAUUGACAUCGUGCAAAAGAGGCUCAAUCGACCUCUCACCUUGUCAGAAAAGAUCGUAUACGGCCAUCUGGAUGACCCCCACAACCAAGAGAUCGACCGCGGGCGCACCUACCUGCGCCUUCGUCCCGACCGCGUGGCCAUGCAGGACGCCACCGCGCAGAUGGCCAUGCUGCAGUUCAUCAGCAGUGGUCUGCCACAGGUGGCCGUUCCCUCCACUAUCCAUUGUGACCACCUGAUCGAAGCCCAGAUCGGCGGGGAUCAGGACUUGGCCAGGGCGAAGGAAGUCAACCAAGAGGUCUACAACUUCCUGGCAAGUGCUGGUGCAAAAUACGGAGUUGGUUUCUGGAAACCCGGUUCUGGCAUCAUCCAUCAGAUCAUCCUGGAGAACUACGCCUAUCCGGGCGUGAUGCUCAUCGGCACAGAUUCGCACACACCCAACGGUGGCGGACUCGGCGCCAUCUGCAUCGGCGUGGGAGGCGCAGACGCUGUGGACGUCAUGGCGGGGAUCCCCUGGGAGCUCAAAUGUCCCAAGGUGAUCGGGGUGAGACUGACAGGGUCCCUCUCGGGCUGGACGUCCCCGAAAGAUGUCAUUCUGAAGGUGGCUGGCAUUCUGACGGUGAAAGGUGGCACUGGAGCUAUAGUAGAGUACCAUGGACCGGGUGUCGACUCCAUUUCUUGCACUGGAAUGGCCACCAUUUGCAACAUGGGCGCAGAAAUCGGCGCAACAACUUCAGUGUUUCCUUUUAACCACCGUAUGAAGACCUAUCUGGAGAAGACCGGACGUGAACAGAUCGCUGCUCUGGCUAAUGAAUACUCACAUCUGCUGGUGCCGGAUAAAGGCUGCGAGUACGACCAGGUCAUUGAGAUCAAUCUGGAUGAGCUGAAGCCUCACAUCAAUGGUCCAUUCACCCCUGACCUUGCUCACCCAGUAUCCGACGUGGGUUCUGUGGCUCAGAAGAACGGCUGGCCUCUGGAGGUUAAAGUUGGUCUGAUUGGGAGCUGCACCAACUCCAGCUAUGAGGACAUGGGCCGAGCCGCCUCCGUGGCAAAGCAGGCGUUGGACAAAGGCCUGAAAUGCAAAGCUCAGUUCACAGUCACUCCUGGCUCAGAGCAGAUUCGCGCCACUAUUGAAAGAGAUGGCUAUUCAAAGAUCCUCGGUGACGUGGGAGGUGUCGUCCUGGCCAACGCUUGUGGACCUUGCAUCGGACAGUGGGACAGACGAGACGUGAAGAAAGGCGAGAAGAACACCAUCGUCACCUCCUUCAAUAGAAACUUCACAGCCAGGAACGACGCUAACCCUGCGACGCACGCCUUUGUCACGUCCCCUGAGAUCGUCACCGCCUUGGCCAUCGCCGGAACGCUCAACUUCAACCCAGAGACAGACUUCCUGACGGCCCCCAACGGCGAGAAAUUCAAGCUGGAUCCCCCGAACGGAGACGAGCUCCCGGCCCGAGAUUUUGACCCGGGUCAGGACACCUACCAGCACCCGCCCGCUGACGGAACCGGCCUCAAGGUGGACGUCAGCCCUCAGAGCAACAGACUACAGUUGCUGGAGCCCUUCGACAAGUGGAGCGGCAAAGACCUGGAGGACCUGAGGGUUCUUAUCAAGGUGAAGGGCAAGUGCACUACAGAUCACAUCAGUGCUGCCGGUCCUUGGCUGAAAUUCCGAGGCCAUCUGGACAACAUCUCCAACAACAUGCUCAUCGGCGCCGUCAACAGCGAGAACGACGCCAUCAACUCCAUUAAGAACCACUUGACGGGGGAGUACGGCGGCGUCCCGGACGUGGCGCGUCACUACAAGGCCAACAGCGUGUCGUGGGUCGUGGUGGGAGACGACAACUACGGCGAAGGUUCCAGCAGGGAGCACGCCGCUCUGGAACCCAGACAUCUCGGAGGAAGAGCCAUUAUCGUGAAGAGCUUCGCUAGAAUCCACGAAACUAACCUUAAGAAACAGGGCCUGCUGCCUUUGACCUUCACCAACCCGUCAGACUAUGACAAAAUCUGCCCCGAUGACAAGAUCUCCAUUAAAGGACUUGAAACCUUUACUCCCGGAAAGCCUUUGAGCGCCGUGGUCAAGCACAGCGACGGCUCCGAAGACGUCUUGGAACUCAACCACAGCUUCAACGAAACGCAGAUCGAAUGGUUCAAGGCCGGUUCCGCUCUCAACAGGAUGAAGGAGCUUCAACACUGAGAGAGAAAAAGCCGGCAAGAAAUAUGUCAAGAUUGUUUCGUAAUCUGCGUCAGACUCAAGUGGCAGGUGGCCACGUCACACUCGCGUCCAAUCAAACAAGCAAACGCUCCGCGGUUAUGUUUCUACUCCUGUCAUACGUGGCACUACAAGUCCUGCAAUUUCACAUUUCUCCGGAAAAAAAAAACACUCAUUUGAUUGCACAUCUUUCAAUAUAGUUAACAGGUCAGAAUGGAUUAACAGCGUUAUUGCAGGGGUUGUUGUUCAACCAAACUUGCAUUUUCCCGCCAGAAAUAUCAAACUUUUUGGGUUUGUUGUUCUAUUAUGUUCCAGUUCUGUUUCUUAGUUUUCAAUCUGUACCAAAAAAGGGUUAAAUCGAACUCUUUCUAAGUGGGACGGCUAGCAUUGAAUGAUCAAGUUAGAUGUCUAAUUCAGUUUUACUGAAUUAAGCAUUGAAUUCAAAGUGUCGUACUUUUCCUGUAUUUAUUAUUUUCCAGGCUCCGUCAUCAAUAUUUUUUUGCUCUGUGCUCACAUAACGGUGACGUUUUCCCCCCAAUUAUGAAAAGGUUACUGCGGACUAGGAAGCUGAUGUCAUUCUGUUACCCCUGAGUUGUGUAUGUAUGUAUAAAGAAAACUCAAAUGAAGGUUAGUAUUUUCUUUCGAUCCAUAAGAAAUGGAAAAAAUACAAUCGUGGAUUGAGGUUACGGUGAAACGUCAUGAUUAUCUGCUCUCUGGCUGGGAUUGAUUUUUAUGUAAAGUGUUCAUGUUUUAUUCCUCAAAGAUCGGUAAUAGAAUAAAUACGGACAGAUCUCAUCUCGUGUUCAUGGGUUUGGUUGUUUUGGCUACCUUUUUAGGCAACAGGAAAUUAUUUUACUUGGAUGCAUAUACACUGCUGGCCAAAAGUAUUGGCACCCCUGAAAUUCUGUCAGAUAAUGCUCGAUUUCUCCCAGAAAAUGAUUGCAAUUACAAAUGCUUUGGUAGUAAUAUCUUCAUUUAUUUUGCUUGCAAUGAAAGAAAACAGAAUGAAAAAAAAUGAAAUCAUGAUCAUUUUACAGAAAAAAAAAUGGGCCAAAGGCAUUCGCGCCCCUUGAAAAAUCAUGUGACGCUUCUCUAAUUUAUGUAAUUAACAGCACCUGUCACUCACAUGUGGCACAUAACAGGUGGAAGCAAUACCUAAAUCACACUUGCAGCCAGUUACAAUGGAUUAAAGUUGACUCAACCUC